AUGAAGCUCUGUUUAAGAACUGGAUUGAAGACUUACAAAGAUGAUGACAUUGUGGUAGGAUCUGUCAUCGAUUUCAAAACAUGGAAUGGUCUGAGGACUACUUAUAUUGAGACAGACGUUCCAUGUUACGAUGUCAGACGUGACGUUGAUGAUGAAGAAGAGGGCCCUAAGGCCCCAAAGAAGACAACCACGAAGGCCACCCCUUCAAAAUCAACAACCACUUCUUCUUACACCCAGGCAAGAAGAACUGUUCCCCCUCCCACUAAGGUAAAGAAGGAAGCCUCAGUUGCUACUGAGAGCAAACAGGGCAAAAAGAAAUCCACCGCCAAAGCUCCCCCAAGAAAAGGGGAACGUUUCAGUCAGAGGCUGAAGAUAUCCUUCAGCAGCACCAAAAGACCAGAGGGAGCAUCCUCUGAGAAGCCCAUUGUUGGGUGGGAGACGUCCCCAAGUAGCUCUGCUACUCCUGAGUCUUCUGAUGUUCUGUCCCCUCCACCAUCACCUUCUCAUUCUUCACCCCCACCAAGAAUACCACAACCCUCUCCUAGGCAACAACAAGGAGAGAGAAUUAAAGAAACAGAUGCAGCCCCUGCUGCAGAAGAACAUGUGGCUGAGCAAGAGGCUCAGCCACAAAAGAAACUUGACAAAGGAAAGGGGAUUCAACAUGAAUCCCCUAAAAAGAAAAAGCCAACUGCUCCCAAGAAAAUCAUUCUGGGAGGGCCCCUCUCUUGCCCCAUUAUCCGUCCUGAUACUCUUGGGGACGAGGCCAUUGCUAGGGCUCUAGCAGAAGAAGAAGGCUUAGAAGAGGUUGCAGUCAGGCAAGCGCCCGAAGAACCUCCAGCUUAUGGCAGCAACAACAACCAGAAGAAGAAGAAGAAACCAGCCUCCCCCAUUCCAGCAAUCCUCAUUGCAUCAAGGAGAAAAUCUCAGAUUGGGAUUGCUGAUAUUUUUGAAAUGAUGGGGAAAAAGAUGGAGAAGCUGCUACCUGAAGCACCAUCCGUUCCUCAGCUGGACAUGCCUAGCACUACUGAAGAGCUGAAGGCUGUAAGGAACGGAUUGGAUCAACUCUCAUCUUCCUUCAUCAAAUUCCAGGAGCAACAGAAGGAAGACAGGGAGCAGCUCCUCAACACCAUCUAG